UCGAGAUGCGUGGGAGGUGUAGGAGGUCACACACUGGACCAGCGGAAUUAUUACGAAAGAGCCUCUGCCUGUCGCUGCCUCUGGCCCAGAUAUAUAAGCAGGGCCGGUGCUGAGGAGGGCAGCACUCGACGCCCAGCAACUCAACAUGAAGCUUGUGAUCAUAGCCGCCCUCGUCGCCGUGGCCUUCGCCGCCCCCGACAGGCCCUAUAACAGCUAUGGCUCCGGAUCCAGCGAGGAGGCAGAAAUCCUGCAGCACGACUUCGUUCUUGAGGAGGACGGCAGAUACAACCUGGACGUGAAGACCAGCAACGGCAUCUCUGUGGCUCAGCACGGUAGCCCUGACGGCCCCGAGGGCGCCGUGGUCAAGAGUGGAGUGUUCUCCUACACCGCCCCUGACGGCACCCCCGUUGAGGUCAAGUUCGUCGCCAACGAGCACGGUUACCAGCCAGAAUCUGACCUGCUGCCCGUGGCCCCCGAGUUCCCCCACCCCAUCCCCCAGUUUGUGCUGGACCAGAUCGCUAAGGCCGCCGAGGAGGACCGCAACCGCUCUCCCGAGGACAGAUACACCUAUGCCUAAACACCUAUCAUCACCUGGACGUCACAGACCGAGCAAGAACAACGCCUGAACUGAUCACAGCAAACACACAAGACCAUGAACGAUUAAUGAUAUCCAUCAAGCGCCGAGGUGGCGAGUCCUCUUCAUGCGAGGCGCGAAUUUUUUCACUUAGGGUGUGGUGGAGCGUGAUGCCCGUUGUUUGUAUAGAUAUGUUUUUUUUUAUUUAUAUCUAGAAUAAAACUCUAAUUCAAGGAAAA